CCGAAAUCCAUUUCAUCCGUUCUCUCAUUUUCAUUUUUCAGCCCACGGACUUCCCGCUUCCGGCGCUUUGUCAAUCUCCCCAAAACAAAAGAAAAAGAGAGAGAAAGAACUUGUAACUUUCAAAAUAUUUAUUGCCAAUCUUGUAGUUCAGUUCCUUCAGAUCUUCUUCUCCAUUAUUCCUCAACCAGCGCCUCUGUCCUCUCAGAUCUCUUCUUGCAGCAGCCUGCAUUAACUCCUUAAAUUCUCACACCCCACAAGUGUAGAACAUCCAAAAUUAUAGGUCCAUGUUUUGAUGAGCUGGAGCCCAAACUUGUCUUGCUUUCAUUAUGGAAAAGGAAGAAUUGACUGAGAAAAGUAGAACAAAUUCUCUAACUGCUGAAGAGAAAGAACUUGUUGUUCAGAAGGAAGAUCGAGGGGAACCAUUUAAGGAGAUGGAAUCUCUAAAUGCCAAUGCCAGUGAGUAUAGUCCUAAGUUUAACAACGAUAGUCGGAAAGAUGAAUUGGGUGAUAAGAUGGAUGGUACUGAAGGUCAGGAAGAAAAGGUAGGCAAUGAGGUGAAUGAUCUGGAUGAAAAGAUGGAUGUGGGUAGGGUUUUGCGGCCCAAAUCUCAAGAACAAAAGUUGGAAAAUGAUAGUGGCCAAGCUGACUUUGGUGACAAGAUGAAUGAAAGCAGGGAUUUAGGUGACAAGAUGGGUCAGAAUAGGGAUUUGGAGUCUAAAGCUGAAGAGGCUACAGAUCAAACUACAAAGGAGGAUUUUGGUGAGGAUAAGGAACAGGAGCCUGUCUUUGAUGGAACAGAGGUCCCUGAGAUGGAAGCUAGUCGGAGCACAUCUACUCGUUCAUUGGAUCUUGAUCCAGAGACACAGGGUGUAGUCGAUAAAGCAGUGGCACUUAAAAACUUUGUUAAGGAGAAGAGUGUAGUUGCAGUAUCCAGCGUUCUGCGUCGCCUUUCUGGAAAAAAAGAUGAAGAGGGACCCGAUGCUUUUGAUGAUGAAAAUAAGGUUGUACUUGAUUCCAUUGAAAACAGUGAUGGAAAAGAAGUCCCUGAGAAAACAAUGGAGAAAUCUGCAUGGAAUCCUUUAAGCUAUAUUAUGAUGUCACAUGAUGCAAAUGCAGACAAUGAAGCUGAGCAGAGGGUGGAAGUUAUCAAAGGAUCAGCACAACCUAUAGCCAUGAAAGGAAGAAUUAUAUUGUACACUAGGCUAGGAUGCUCGGAUUGCAAUGGGGCUAGGUUAUUUUUGUACUGGAAAGGGCUCAGGUAUGUUGAAAUUAACAUUGAUAUUUAUCCCAGUAGAAAGCUGGAGCUAGAGAAGAUUUCUGGGUCUUCUGCUGUUCCAAAGGUGUUCUUCAAUGAAAUCCUCAUCGGUGGCUUGAGUGAGCUAAAGGCCUUGAAUGAGUCUGGAAAGAUUGAUGACAAGAUUGAUUAUUUGAUUAAUGAAGCACCAUCAUUUGAAGCUCCUUUACCGCCUCUUUCUGGUGAAGAUGACCUCUCCAAUAGCGGGGCUAUUGAUGAACUAGCUUUAAUUGUCCGAAAAAUGAAAGAAUCUAUCAUUGUUAAGGACCGAUUUUAUAAAAUGCGAAGGUUCACCAGCUGUUUCCUAGGUUCAGAAGCUGCAGAUUUCUUAUCAGAAGAUCAGUAUUUGGAAAGGGAAGAGGCUAUCGAAUUUGGACGAAAGCUUGCUAGCAAACUCUUUUUUCAACAUGUUCUUGAAGAGAAUCUGUUUGAGGAUGGUAACCAUUUGUAUCGCUUCUUGGAUGAUGAUCCUAUUGUGUCAUCUCAAUGUCACAACAUCCCAAGGGGUAUAAUUGAUGUCAAGCCAAAGCCUAUUGUAGAAAUUGCGUCAAGGCUGAGAGUUUUGUUCUAUGGAAUUCUUGAAGCCUACACAUCAAAAGAUGGAAAGCAUGUGGAUUACAGAAGUAUUCAUGGAAGUGAGGAAUUUGCAAGGUAUUUGAGAAUAGUUGAGGAGCUCCAAAGAGUGGAAAUCCAGGAUAUGGCAAGGGAGGAGAAGCUUGCUUUCUUUAUAAAUCUCUAUAAUAUGAUGGCCAUCCAUGCAAUAUUGGACUUAGGUUAUCCAGCUGGGCCGCUAGAACGAAGGAAGUUGUUCGGAGACUUCAAGUAUGUAGUUGGCGGGUCCACCUACUCACUUUCAGCUAUUCAAAAUGGCAUUUUAAGGGGCAACCAGCGACCGCCAUUCAAUCUCAUGAAGCCAUUUGGUGCAAAAGAUAAACGUUCCAAGGUGGCUCUCCCUUACUCAGAGCCUCUUAUACACUUUUCACUUGUUUGUGGUACCCGAUCUGGGCCUGCACUGCGAUGCUAUUCUCCAGGGAAUAUUGAUAAAGAGUUGAUGGAGGGAGCCCGUAAUUUUCUAAGAAAUGGAGGGAUUGUUAUUGAUUUGAAUGCCAAGGUUGCAUCGGCUAGUAAGAUCCUUAAAUGGUAUAGUGCAGACUUUGGCAAGAAUGAGGUAGAGGUACUGAAGCAUGCAUCAAACUACUUGGAGCCUGCUGACUCAGAAGCGUUACUGGAUUUGCUUGCCAACUCUCAGUUGAAGGUGAUAUAUCAGCCUUACGACUGGAGUUUGAACUGCUAGUGUCAGUUUUAGUAUUCUUACACACCAUAUACCACUACAAAUAGCUUCCUAGUUUUGGAAAAAUUAGCACUAGGGAAGCUUUGAGAAUUUGUUGCUGUUGUUGUUCCAUUACUCUUACUAUCUUCCACCAAUGGCAUAUAGUAGCCUGUGCAUUGGAACAAUAUGGUUGCACUUGUUGGAUGGCUAAGCUUCUAAGCUCAAGGAAAGUUAGUUUCAUAUACA